UCUCUAGUCCACGGGCACUAGGACCCGGCGACUGCCGGCUCCAUGCAGCAGCGCUCUGCCGCUGCGAGAGGAGGACCAGAAGAAAUCUGCAGCUCACGGAAUGAAGAGAUCAAAAUGAUGCUGCCUGUAAAAAGGGAUUAAACGUAAGCAAUCUGUCGUCAACUGGGUCUGGGCGCCACCUUGCUCGGAUCGGCUGCUGGUGGAUAGCACAGAUUUGCCACCGGGGGUUGAGAAAGGAGACAUGCCGUCGCUGAGCAUCCGUUGCGCCGCCUGAGUGACCAUGAUGAAGACAGAAUCCACCUCCAAGAGCACCGGCUCUGGCUCCACGCUCAGGAGCCCAUCCCCGCACAGGAACGCAUACGAAGCGGGGAUGCAGGCCCUGAAGCCCGUCAAAGACAAUGCUGCCAACGGGGACAUGCAGGAUUGCCCCCGAGGGCGCAGGUACGGCUCCAACGUUCACCGUAUCAAAAACAUGUUCCAGCAGAUGACGACCACUUCCCCAGCCGACGCAGAGGGAGAGGUAGAGGUAGAGGGAGAGGGAGAGGGAGAGGAGUGCGUCAGGACCGCCGACACAUCGGUGCGCCUCUCCCUCCCUAGAGCCGGGAGCCUGAACGAGAACGUGGACCACAGCGCGCUGCUGAAGCUCGGGUCCACCGUGUCUGAACGCGUUAGCAAGUUCGACAUCACGAAACCGGAGAAUGGGCACCCCAGGGCCUCAUCACCCAGCUACUCCAAGCUGCAGGAGACCCGCCGCAUCUUCGAGCAGCAGCUUGAGAGGCAGAUGCAGGAGAAGCUGCUGCAGCAGGAGAACCAGCAGGAGCAAGAGAACCAGCAGGAGCAAGAGAACCAGCAGGAGCAGGAGAACCAGCAGGAGAACCAGCAGCAGCAGGAGAACCAGCAGGAGAUCCAGCAGCAGCAGGAGAAGAUACAGCAGCCAGAGAAGCUGGCCACCACCAGGGUCCUGCUGAAACCAGAAAAGCCCCCAGGCUACCAGGAAAGCAGGUUGGAACUGAUGGCUCGUUUCAAUGGCAGCACAGAGUCCCUGGACAGCCUGGACUGCAGUGAGGCUGUGUCCCCGACAGUCAGCCAGCUCAGUGCAGUGUUUGAACGGGCAGCCGAGCUCCGAAACAACCUCCACCGCCUCUCAUCUACCCCACCACUCCCUUCCAGGGGGGUCAGCGCCAAGGUGGGUGUGUUGAACUCCAAAAUAAUCACAAAGAGGGUUUGUGCCUUUGCAGCAGGCAGCAAGGAGGAAGAUGCAAGCAAACAAAUGGGCCAAGAGGGGCCUCAAAGGGGAACCAGGGGGAGGGCGACGCCUCCAUCUGAUAGCAUUAAUGGGGGUCAAAGCACACAAAACACUGAACUUUACAGUACUGUAGGAGAGCAACAUGAGAAGAGAGAAAAGACAGUUUCAGAUGCAGGGGUUGAGGUCAAAUCUGUGGAACACUAUGGGGCCAAUAAGGGGUCGAACAGCACAACACUGCAAGGUGACAUCCACAUCUCUGUGGAGAACGGAGACACCACUGCUGAGAAGCUUCGCUCUGGAAAGGGGGGUGAGACGGAGGAGGAAGACAGGACACUGGACCAGUCGGGGCGUGAUUCUGUGGAUAUCAGUACCUACAGCGCGGUGGGGGAGGACUUUGGAGGAAGCCAAGUGGAUGAGGAGGAAGAGGAGGAAGAUGAUUCCUACGAGCCAGAGUCCAGCUGUGCAGAGAUUAAUGGGCUGCCUGCGGAGGAGGACCCGCCCCCUUCAAGGAAGAUCCGCUUUAGCAUUGAGCCCAUCAAGGUGAGAAAAUAUGCAAGUGGCAAAAAACAUGUGGAGUAG